AGCGGCGCUGUCGCUCAGCUAUUUCAUUCAUCAAUAAACUCUGUGGGCAUCUGUCAUCACAUCAGGAUAACUCACACAGAGGCGAGAGCUCAGUUGCUUUUAAAAAGAUCCAAAAACACCAAGAUGUCUAACCCUGGAGGCCGGAGGCUGAAGCAGUGGCUGGUGGAGCAGAUCCACAGUGGUCAGUACUGUGGGCUCCAGUGGGAGGACGAGAGCCGCACCAUGUUCCGGAUUCCGUGGAAACACGCGGGGAAACAGGAUUACAACCAAGAAGUGGACGCAUUCAUCUUCAAGGCCUGGGCUGUGUUUAAAGGCAAGUUUAAAGAGGGGGACAAGGCCGAGCCUGCAACAUGGAAGACCAGACUGCGCUGUGCCCUCAAUAAAAGUCCUGACUUUGAGGAGGUGACAGAGCGGUCUCAGCUGGACAUCUCCGAGCCUUACAAAGUUUACCGCAUCGUACCCGAGGAGGAGCAGAAGCACGGUAAAAACUCAAUGAUGGCCAUGGCAGCUCCAACAAGCUCUGGUGACCUCACUGACUGCAGCCCUGCAGAAAUAGAGGAGCUCAUGAAAGAGGACGAAGGCUGUAACAUCCAGGCCAGUCCAGAGUACUGGUCCCAAGGCAGCAUCAGUGCUUUCCCACAGCAGCUGGACCCUUUGCCAUCUGGUGCUGUCAGCUCAGCCUUCUCCCAAAUGAUGAUCAGUUUCUACUAUGGAGGGAAGCUGAUGCAGAACACACUGGUAACUCACCCUGAAGGCUGCAGGAUUUCCCCACAACAGCACCUGGGCCGCAGCAUCCUCUACAGUUCAGACAGCAUGCAGAAUGUUCACUUUCCCCCUGCUGAGCUCAUCGAGUACGACCGCCAGCGCCACGUUACGUGCAAGCUCCUGGGACACGUGGAGAGAGGUGUGCUGGUCCGUUCCAACCAAGAGGGCAUCUUCAUCAAGAGGCUGUGCCAGAGCCGUGUCUUCUGGAGCGGGCUGGGAGACGUGGGCUCGCCGUACAGCUCAGUGCCCUGUAAACUCGAGAGGGAUGCUGUAGUCAAGAUAUUUGACACAGGAAGGUUUCUUCAAGCUGUACAGCUGUACCAGGAGGGUCAGCUUCCUGCUCCUGAUCCGACAGUGACUCUGUGUUUUGGAGAAGAGCUCCACAAUCUCAACAAUGCCAAAAGCAAACUACUCAUUGUGCAGAUCACUGUGGUGAACUGCCAGCACCUGCUGGAGGCCGUGAACAUGCGUCGCUCCCAGCCUUACUGCAACAACCCAAACCUGGACAUGUCUGAUGCUGCGACCAAUGAGCAGAUGGCCCACAUCUAUCAGGACCUGUGCAGCUACAGUGGACCCCAGAGACCAGCCUGCUACAGGGACAACAUGCCGAUCACUGCCUGAGCUGUGAGCAGUCAUACACCUUCAACAUGUACCAGACAAGAUCAAUUUUCCUCACAUACUCUGUGUGGCAUGGCUCAUUAUUAGGAUGUACCUAAUAUAAAUAUAAAAGUAAUGUUCAUAUCUGUACAGUACUGAUACAAACUCAGAAACAGUAUUCAGAAAUUACACACAACUCACCUGCUGCAUUCUGUCGAUUGUAUUAAGAAAUCUUCUAUAUAUUUUACUGAAAGUUUCAUAACAACAGUUUGUAUGUUCUCUCAAAAGUAUUUUAUAAUGUGUCAUUAUCUUUGUUGCUGUUAUUGCAGCUGAGUCAUUUUAUGGUGCGGCCAUUUGGAUAAACUGAACAAUAUAGGCAUUUU